UUGGGCGCUGGGUGACGUUUAUGGCGCCAGAAAUCAAGGAGGAGAAGCGGGCUGUUUCUGAAGAGAAUUUUUCUCAGGGUUUUGGGAUUAAUGUAGCGCGUUUAUACAGCGAUUACACUCGGGAUUCUCUGUAAAUGCGGGUGUUUUAGGCUGUAAACGACGCCAUGGUAAUGCUUCGCAGUAGUAGCGGCGGCGGCGAGGCCGCGGAGACGGCCGUGCCGAAGAGGGCGCCUGCUGAUAUGGACUCCAGCUCCGAGUUUCUGUCCCUGCAGCGGCCGCGGAGGAAAUCCGCGCGCCUGAACAGGAGCCUGGAUGACAGCGGCAGCAGCGCUGAGAACAGCCCCACCAAUGGAUAUCUGUCUUCCAAAGAGGAAAAUAGAAUUGAAGGUGCUGGCAUGAAAACUCGGGCUCACAAAGACAGGCAAAGUGUAACAUUUGCUGAUGUGAGGGACCAAAAAGACAGCUCUCCUCAGAAGGAGGAAGAAAUUGGGAAGAAUUUAAGGAAAUCUCCAAGAUUCCAGACAGAUGGAGAGAAAUCGGGUGAUGAGAUUGCUGUUGAAGACGGUAUUGACAGUCCUCCAUCUCAAAAUCUACGUGCUCACUUAAGAGAGGAAAAGGAGGAUAGUGCUGUGAGACGUAGCUCCAGAAUUACCAGAUAUAAGCUUGAUGCCAGGAACCAGUCUGUCCUCUAUGACAGGCUAAUCACCAACACUGCGGAGGCUGUUCUCCAGAAGAUGGAUGACAUGCAGAAAAUGCGACGAAGACAAAGAAGCAGAGACUCUAAAGAAGAGAAUCGCAGAAUAUACUCUGGAACUAAGAGGAAGAGGACCACACGUUCUUCUGACAGAACAGACGAAGAUAGUGCUGAUGACCAAGAAAAUGAAUACAGUGAUCAGGAGGUUGUAAAUGAUGACAAUGAAGAUGGAGGAGAGGAAGAGAAUGAUGAAGGGGAUGACGAUGAUGACGACGAAGAUGAUGAGCAUGAUGAUGAGGACGAAGAGGAAGAAGACCAUGGAAAACGUUAUGAAUUUAGACAAAGAAAAACUGUUGUCCGCUACCAAGCUCCUCUUGAGGAGCCAAGAAAGCAGAGUAUAUUUUUCCGCCGGCACUCUACCCCAACCAGACGAAGGUAUUCCUUUGGUUCCUCUGGACCGCACAGCCCAUACAGCAGACACAGGAGUAGCAGUAUUAGAAGGAAUGAACCCAUUGGAAGAAGACAUGCCAUCCACAGCAGUGACUCAACCUCAUCGUCUUCAUCAUCUGAUGAUGAAAAAUUUGAGAUGAGGAGAAGUAAGAGUCGGAACAGGUCAAUGAACAGAUGUCUUCCAAUGAACUUUCUGAAGGAGGACCUUUUAGGAGUUCACAAGGACAGAAUUAAAAUCGGAGCAAGUCUUGCUGACGUUGAUCCAAUGCAGAUUGAUCAAACGGUGCGCUUUGACAGCAUUGGAGGUUUGGGGAGGCACAUCUCAGCCCUAAAAGAAAUGGUGGUUUUUCCUUUGCUGUACCCUGAGGUUUUUGAGCGCUUUAAAAUUCAGCCUCCAAGAGGUUGUCUGUUCUAUGGACCUCCUGGUACAGGGAAGACCUUGGUUGCACGGGCUCUGGCCAAUGAGUGCAGUCAGGGGGAUAAGAAAGUGGCUUUUUUCAUGAGGAAGGGAGCCGACUGCCUCAGCAAGUGGGUGGGAGAGUCUGAGAGGCAGCUUCGACUACUUUUUGACCAGGCAUACCAGAUGCGCCCUUCUAUUAUUUUCUUUGAUGAGAUUGAUGGAAUUGCACCUGUCCGAUCCAGCAGGCAGGACCAGAUACACAGCUCUAUUGUUUCCACACUGUUGGCUUUAAUGGAUGGGUUGGACAGUCGAGGUGAGGUGGUUGUCAUUGGAGCUACUAAUCGCUUGGACUCUAUAGAUCCUGCACUGAGACGACCUGGGCGCUUCGACAGGGAGUUCCUCUUCAGCCUCCCAGACAGAGAGGCUCGUAAAGACAUUUUGAAGAUCCACACUAGACAGUGGAAUCCGCAGCCAUCUGAUGCUUUCCUCGAGGAACUGGCUGACAAGUGUGUCGGUUAUUGUGGUGCAGACAUCAAAGCAGUGUGUGCAGAAGCAGCCUUGUGUGCCUUGAGGCGGCGCUACCCGCAGAUAUAUGCCUCCUCCCAGAAACUCCUACUAGAUGUGGCGUCCAUCAAUGUGGAGGGUCGUGAUUUUCUUUCUGCCAUGAGAAAGAUAGUCCCUGCGUCCCAGAGGGCAGUGGUGUCUCCAGCCAGAGCCUUAACAUCCGUCAUCAAGCCCCUCCUGACCAAUACUCUUAACAGUGCUCUGAAGGCCCUGCAGAAACUCUUCCCUCACGUGGAACAGGGCCUCAAAAAGAAGAGAGAAAACGAUGGUUCGGCUGGUGUAUUGGAUGACCUGUUGCACAGUGAUGAUGAGGGAUCCUCUUUGUGCACUAGUAACCCUGCCCAGAAGAACGCAGGGCCAGCUGGAUCUUUCCUCCUCCUGAACAGGACUGCUCUACAACAGCCCACUUCAUUCAGGCCCAGACUGCUGCUUUGUGGGCGUCCAGGCUCUGGCCAAAGCACACACUUGGCUCCUGCCAUUCUCCACGCUUUGGAGAAGUUUACGGUCUAUACACUCGACAUGGCUGUGCUUUUUGGGGUCAGCAUGACAAGCCCAGAGGAAGCCUGUGCACAGCUGUUUUGUGAGGCCAAGAGAACGGCUCCUAGCAUCCUGUACAUUCCUCAUAUGCAGCGCUGGUGGGACACUGUGAGCUCAGCCCUAAGAGCCACCUUCCUCAGUCUGCUGCAGGACAUCCCCUCCUUCUCACCCAUUCUCCUCCUUGCCACCUGCAGUCUCUCUUAUGAUGACCUCUGUCCAGAGGUGCAGGAUCUGUUUCUUAUGGAGUAUGGGGAGGUUUUUAAUGUCCCUCUUCCGUCUGAAGAAGAGAGGCGCACAUUCUUUGAGGAUCUUAUUUUGAACCAAGCGGCCAAAGCCCCUGCAUCUAAAAGAGAAGCAGUGCUUCGGGCUAUGGAGAUCCUUCCAGUGGCCCCUCCACCAGCUCCUCGACUGCUCUCUGAGCAGGAGCAGCAGAAGCUAGAACAACAGGAAGAGGACACACUCAGGGAACUCCGCUUGUUUCUGCGUGAUGUCACAAACCGGCUCGCUCAGGACAAGCGUUUUAAAGCCUUCACAAAACCUGUGGACACAGAAGAGGUUCCAGAUUACACUACAGUAAUUAAGCAACCCAUGGACCUGUCCACAGUCCUUACCAAAAUUGACCUGCACAAAUACGAAACUGUGAAAGACUUCCUUCAUGAUGUAGAUCUGAUCUGGAAGAAUGCUUUGGAGUACAACCCAGACAAAGACCCCUCAGAUCGCUUGAUAAGACAUCGUGCCUGUACUCUCAAGGACACCGUUCACGCCAUCAUCAAAGAUGAACUGGAUGAAGACUUUGAGAAGAUCUGUAUUGAGGUCAAGGAGUCACGCUCAAAAAGAGGAUGCACAUCUUCAAGAUAUACCCCUUCAUAUUACCACGUGCUGCCAAAGGUUUCAGCAUCAGGAGAGCCAGGGACAAAUGAUUCUGGCCCUUCUAAAGAUGUUUCCUCUGUAGCUGCAACACCAGUUACACCAAAACAAACAGGUGUGCAGAAGAAAAAAAGACGCAGAAGGCUGUGGAGCAACGGCUUUGUCAGCAAAAAGAAAUCUCGCUCACAUUCUCACUCAAAAGAAACAAAUGAAGCUGAAUCUGGUGAGGAAGAUGAGGAUGAAGAGGAGGACGAAGAUGAAAGCAAGGCAGCAGAGAGCGAGGGGGCAGAUGAGACUGUGAAAGAGGUAGAGUGUGAACUGAUGGAGGUGGAUAACAAGGAAACUGGCCCUGCCCCAGCAGGAGACACAAAUGAGACAACUGUUCCAGCGCUUGCCCAAAAUGGCCAUAUUAGCAGUGGGGAUGGAGAUGAUGUCAGUGUAGUUUCAACUGUGAAUGAGCUUCAAAAUGGAAAUGCUUCUGAUGCCAUUCCAAAUGGUGAUUGUGCCAAAGAAGCUGGAGACAACAGUGAAAAUGUGGUGGUCCAGCCUGCGGAGAAUGCUGAUGCUAAGAGGGUGGAGCCAAGUGCAAAUGAGGACACAGCAAUGGAAAAGGGGAUAAGACGCAUGACUAGAGGCUUGAGGAUGCAGGCUCAGCAGCAGAAGAUCGUCAACAUGGACACUGCUAUGAGGAUCCUAGAGCAGAAGACCCAGCUGCUGAUAGUGGAUCACAGUAAGCUGAAGGAGCUUUUGCAAAAUGUGGUGGUCAAGACUGAGGGCUUCGAGGUUAACCAGCUAGAGAAGCUUUAUGCCCUGCUGUGCCAGAGCAUCUACAGACAUAAGAGGGAUUAUGACAAGACUGCACUUAUACAGGAGAUGUCAAAAGAAGUUGAGGAGUUCUCAUAGUCUUUUUUGCAUAGACCUACAUAAUUUUUACUACUCCAGUACUCCAGCAAGUGCAUAAAUUAUAUUUUACUAUAAUAUGAGCAUAUUAAUAUCUGAGUGUUGUACAUUUUUGUGUUCCUGUCCUUCUAUUAAAGCCUUUGACAGAA